ACGCGUCUGCUCGGCGCACCGGCUCAGCAGCAGCAGCAGCAGCAGCACCGCCAUGGCCGCCCUCUGAGCCGCGCUCCCCGCACCACUCACACACCCCGCCAGACAAUCCGUCUCCAUCCGCGCACAGAUGAUGGACCCCCGGUCCAGAGGCACACCUCGGGGCCAUCGGAAUCACCAGUAGUACCCUAAAAGUACUAUAUUGUCAAGACUUUUGCGCGCUGUCACUUCUUUUUUUUUUAAGUAAGUCGCGGGAUUUAAACCCUCUCUCCGCCAACAAGCUCAGGUCGCCGGAGAGAGAGCCGGGAAGGGCAUCUUACUUUCUUUCUGGCCGGAGUAAAAAAAAGACUGAGAAAAACUGCGAAACUUCCCACAUCGGAGGCUGAUAAGCUGCACAUCUCCCGGGGAGACGCUGUCACUACUGGUACCUGAAAGGCUGGCAACACCCCGCCACCCUAAUGCAGACCCCUAAAAGAACGUGAAAUGAACAAACCACCACAGCCUAUAACGGGACCUACUUCUGUCCCAAACCCUUCCCCUUCCCCUGGACUGACACAGGCUGCUUACGGUCCUGGACAGCCACCUUCUCUUGUGUUUGCCACCCCUCCACCUCCCCAAAUGACCUCUACACAACAGCCAAGACAGUUUGCUACAGGGCCUCGUACUUUACACCAACAGGGUGGAUACAGAGCAUUGCAGAGCUACUACCAGAACCGACCUACAAUGGCCACCGGGGCUCCAAGAGUACAGACGAGUAGUGGCCCUCGACCUGUUGGAGCGACCCAUGUCUACCCCACCGGCUCCCAGAUGAUGAUGAUUCCCCAGCAGCAGCUGCCUUUCACUGGCUCUCCUCAGGGAUACUUCAUCUCUGGACAGUACCGGGGCCCUUACAUGCCGCCUACGCAGCAGUAUCCUGUGACGAGUGGCACAGGUUUUUACCCGGGAACCAGCCCUGCUGAAUACCCUGGUUAUGCAGGAGCAUACUAUCCAGCUCAGCCACAAUACUCUCCAUCAGUGCAGCCUACAACGGUCAUGAUUGGCCCGGCCCAGCAGCACCAACAAGCCCCGCCCCCUCAGCAGCCACAAGCACAGUCCCAAGGCCCUACAAAAAGGGAACGCAAACCGAUAACAAUACGAGACCCAAACCAGGGUGGGCGUGAUAUCACAGAGGAGAUCAUGUCGGGACGAUCUACCACCACACCGACUCCCCCACAGGCUUCCAUAGCAGACAAUUCUGCCCAGACUAAUGGAGAAGUUGUUCAGCCUGUCAAUGCAGCGACAAGAAAAGAUGAAACUAUGGCACUCCCUGUUAGUGCUGAAACCCCCCCACCUCCAGCAAACACAGAGCCUGUGGUGGAGGCCAAAAUAGAAGUGGACAGCCAAAUAACUCCUCCGACUGAGUUGCCAGUGCAAUCUGUAGCCUCUACAGCUGCUGCUGCUGAGGCGCCAGCCCCACAAAUAAAGGACCAACAGGUUCAACCUUCCCCCCCUCCAGCAGCCACAUGUACCGCUGCCGUUGCUGAGGCAGAAGAUAAAAGCAGUGAUGAUGUUGCUGAUACAGUUGACUCUCCUGUCGGACCUUCAGCAUCAUUAGCAGCACAACAGACGCCUGUGAUAAAAGAAGAACUACAGGCUGCUCCAUCUGCGAAGGCACCAGAAAAGGAGGACACAAAAGAAGAUGACGAGAAACUUGAAAAAGAGGAACAAGUGGAUAGCGCAAAGUUGAAGCUUUCAGUUGAGGCGGCAAAAGAAUUGACCCCUGUUAAUGUGGAAAAAGAAGAAACUGCAGAAAAUGCUGGUAGUGAAGUCUGUCAAGCUCCCCCCCUUGCACAGCAACCUGCUGCUCCACAGACUACAGACAAUGACGUGCUCGCUGCCGCCAGUCCAGAACCCAUCUCGGUUCAAACAGAGGAGCCUCCUCUGUCCAACGGUCUUCCUCAGACGGAAGAACUGUCUAAGGAUACAGCAGUUUCAGACACUACGCCCCAUGACAAACCUGACACUUCUCCAUCUCAGGAAUCAAAACCUGUGGCAAAAACGGCAUCACCAGCCCCAGAGGAGGAAGAAAAGAAAGAAGAGCUGCCGAAGAAACUGGAAGAUGUCGCUCCCAACUCUAUUAGCAGCCUCGAGGAAUCUACUAUGCAAACUGCUACAUCUGUGCCAAAGAAGAAGAAGAACAUGAAAGAGCUCAACAAGAAGGAAGCCAUUGGGGACCUCCUGGAUGCCUUUACUGAGGGGCAGGAUGCCAAGCCCGUUCCUGAACCCUUGACCACUCAGGCCACCCCUCCAGCUCCAGCUCCGGCUCCAGCUCCAGCUGAGCCGCCUGCUGAAGCACCAGAUGAGACCUGGGAGGAGAAAGAGGACAAGCAGAAUGCUGAACCAGACAAAGCUAAAGCUGCACCAGAGUCAGCUGAGCAGAAAUACCAAUACAAGGAAGAACAAUGGAAGCCAAUAAAUCCAGAGGAUAAGAAACAGUACGACAGAGAGUUCCUCCUGGGCUUCCAGUUUAUCGGUGCCAGCAUGAACAAACCAGAGGGCCUGCCCAUCAUCAGUGACGUUGUCUUGGACAAGGUGAACAAGACUCCACUCCGGCCUCCUGAUCCAGCUCGAAUGAUGAGCACCGGCCCAGAUUUCACUCCCUCAUAUUUGGGGAAUCUUGGGAGCAGAUCAGUGGGAGGACCACGAGGCCCGCCACCUGGGCCACGUCGCUCCCAGCAAGGCCAACGAAAAGAGCCCAGGAAAAUCAUUAGCAGCAUGUCCCUCAACGACGACAUCCAGCUCAACAAGGCUGAGAAAGCCUGGAAGCCAUCCGCGAAGAAGCCACGUGGUCGCGCUGCCGAAGAGGUUGAAGUUGAUGAUACUGAGCAGGGCAAGACUAAUGAGCUGUUUAAGCGACUGCGCAGCAUCUUGAACAAGCUGACUCCACAGAAGUUUCAGGAACUGAUGAAACAAGUGACAGAACUGGCAAUAGACACAGAGGGGAGGCUGAAGGGAGCCAUUGACCUAAUCUUUGAGAAGGCCAUCUCAGAGCCCAACUUCUCCGUGGCCUACGCCAACAUGUGCCGCUGCCUUAUGGGGUUGAAAGUCCCCACCCCAGACAAGCCAGGAAAUUUCGUUAACUUCCGUAAACUGCUGCUCAACCGCUGCCAGAAAGAGUUUGAGAAGGACCAAGAUGAUGAUGAGGAAUUUGAGAAAAAGCAGAAAGAGAUAGAGGCUGCCAAAGAAGAGGAUCGAGAUCGCUUGAAGGCGGAGCUGAAAGACUCCAGAGACCAAGCUCGAAGGCGCUCAUUGGGGAACAUAAAGUUCAUUGGUGAGCUCUUCAAGCUUAAGAUGCUGACAGAAGCCAUUAUGCACGACUGCGUCGUGAAACUCCUGAAGAAUCACGACGAAGAGUCUCUUGAGUGUCUCUGCAGACUGCUCUCCACCAUCGGAAAAGACCUUGACUUUGAAAAGGCUAAGCCUCGUAUGGAUCAGUAUUUUCACCAGAUGGACAAAAUCAUCAAAGAGAGAAAGACAUCAUCCAGGAUCCGCUUUAUGCUGCAAGAUGUCUUGGACCUCAGAAAGAAUAACUGGGUCUCUCGCAGAGGAGAUCAGGGUCCUAAAACGAUAGACCAGAUCCACAAGGAGGCAGAGAUGGAGGAGCAUCAACAACAAAUCAAAGUCCAACAGCAACUCAUGUCAAAGAAAGAAACCGGAGGAGGAGGAGGAGGAGGCGGCGGCAGGAUGGGAGGGAACAUGGGGGGGCGCGGCCCUCACUCGGCUGGAGGAGGGCGACAAAGCCAGCCUCAGGAUGAGGGCUGGAACACAGUGCCCAUCUCAAAGAAUCGUCCCAUCGACACCACCCGCCUCAGCAAGAUCACAAAGCCUGGUGCUCUGGAUUUCAACAAUCAACUGCUGGCCCCAGGGGGCAAAGGCAUGUGGGGUAGCUGGGGCAAAGGAAGCAGUGGAGGAACUGGAGCAAAACCGGCUAGUGGAGAGCAGGAAUCAGGACGUCCAGCUACCAGCACUCUCAACCGCUUCUCAGCCUUGCAGCAGUCAAGUUCGACGACGGCGUCAACAGAAUCUGAUCGUAGAGUUCCUCAGAGGUCAAGUUCCAGUCGUGAACGUGGUGGUGACAGAGACAGGAGCGAGCGUGACAGGGAUCGCUUUGACAACUUUGCUCGCCCUGAGGCACGUGAUGGGAGCCAAGUAACCAAGAGAAGCUUCAGUAGAGAGUCACGAGAACGUGGUGGGAGAGGUGGAGACGGCCGGGGCUCCACUGAAGCUGUUCGUCGUGUGGCCAGCAUGACUGACGAUCGGGACAGAGGGAGCCGGGACAGAGGGAGCCGAGACAGAGGGAGCCGAGAGAGAGGAAGCAGAGACAGAGGGAGCAGGGAUCGAGGUAGUCGGGACAGGGGCCCAAGCAAAGAACUUACAGUUAAGCGUGAGAACGCUCCUCCUCCUUCUCUUUCUAAACCUGCCUUGACUGAAGAGGAGCUGGAGAAGAAGGCAAACGCCAUCAUUGAAGAAUAUCUCCACAUCAAUGAUGUGAAGGAGGCGUUGCAGUGUGUGGUAGAGCUCAACAGUGCCUCACUGCUCUAUAUAUUUGUACGGAACUGUGUGGAGUCGACACUUGAACGCAGCACCAUUGCUCGGGAGCACAUGGGUUUGUUGCUGCACCAACUUAUUAAAGCAGGGACAUUAACUACUCAUCAGUACUACAAAGGGCUACAAGAGAUCCUGGAAGCAGCGGAGGAUAUGGCCAUAGAUAUACCUCACAUCUGGCUGUACCUGGCUGAACUCACCACCCCUAUGCUCCACGAGGGAGGCAUCCCUAUGGGACAGCUUUUCAGGGAGAUCUCAAAGCCUCUUGUGCCUCUGGAGAAGGCUGGCGUGCUGCUGGCACAGAUCCUUAAGUUGCUCUGCAAUGAAAUGACUCCUAAGAAGGUCGGGUCUUUGUGGAAAGAAGCUGGACUUAAUUGGGAUGAAUUCUUGCCCAAAGAUGAAGAUGUCAACAAGUUUGUCGCUGAUAAGAACCUAGAAUUUACCACAGGAGAGGACAUGGAGUCGAAGGAUGAGGACAAGAAGGGCAUCAGUGGAGAGGAGCUUAGCAACCACCUGGAGAGACUGCUCGAGGAAAAGGCCGACAACCAGAGGAUCAGAGACUGGAUUGAGGCCAAUUUGGAUGAGCAACAGACUGUUUCCAACCAGUUUGUACGAGCACUGAUGACGUCAGUGUGCCAGUCUGCCAUUAUAUGUGACAACCCUUACAAGGUGGAUUCUCAGCAGAUCAAACAGCGGGCCAGUCUGCUGCAGAGAUACCUGUGUGACGAGGGGAAAGAGCUGCAGGCUCUUUAUGCCCUCCAGGCUCUCAUGGUGCACAUGGAGCAGCCUGCAAACCUGCUGCGGAUGUUCUUUGACGUCCUGUACGACGAGGAUGUAAUCAAAGAGGAUGCCUUCUAUAAAUGGGAAUCCAGCAAAGACCCUGCAGAGCAAACGGGCAAGGGUGUGGCCUUGAAAUCAGUCACCGCCUUUUUCACCUGGCUCCGCGAGGCCGAGGAAGAGUCCGACAAGGAGUAAGGGAACGAUGGGAGAGCUGCCAUACCCCUUUAUCAAGACAUGGGCUCUGCAGGCAGCUGCGAAGAGUCAUGGACAAUAUUGCCAGAGGGGUGGACUCAAAUCAGUCCUCAAUGAGGAUAAAUCUUUUCUUUUUUUUUUCUUUUUUUUUUUUUUUUCGAGAGAUGGACUCAGAAAGUAGUGAUCUCUCUUCCCUUCCUCUUCUGCUUCCUUAUAUUUCUUCUGCUUUACACAGCAAGUGUCCUCAUCAAACAAACUUGAAAACGGAUUCAAAUGGCGUGCUGGUUAAUGAGGUGUGAGGUAUCCCACAUUCACUACAGAACUGUUUUCUUUUUUUUCUUUUUUUUCUUUUUUUUUUUCGUCACAGUAACACAAACCAACUGGCUGCUUUUUCAAUGUUAUAGACAAUUAUAAUGCCUAACAUCCUGUCUGACUUGCAGGAAGAAACAGCAGGGCGUGUGGUGUAGUGGGUUCCCUGAUUCCCUGAUUCACGGGUGUCAUCAUGCUAUUGUGUGUUCAGUCCAAACACGGCUCUUCUGUCAAUGUCCUAUACGGAGUGUGCAGCAUGACUGAAGUGUGUUUCUAAUCAUGAGGCAGUCGCUGAAAUGUAAAUUAACUCAUCUUAAAUUUGAUGGAUGGACCCCCCAACCCCCCCCCCCCUUUUUUUUUUCUUUUUUUUUUUUGAAGCAAAGGUUGUCUAUUUUCUCUUCCUAUUUCCUAUUAUGAACUAACAACGGACUUAUGUUGACUUUGACUACUUGGGGGUGGUCUUAAUGCUUCCUCUAAGCCAUCCGCUCCCAUCCCCAGUAGUGAACCACACUGACUGACUCUUCUGUACUUAAUCCUGAGCUGUAGUAGAAGACACAAUGACCCAAUCACCGUUAAAACUUGAAAUUUACAGAAAAAAAUUGACUUGAUGAAAUAUAUAUAUAAAUAUAUAAAUAUAUAUACAGUUGGGGGGGCAGAAAAAAACAGGAUCUGAAAGCCUUUUUCUACUUCAAGUGGAAACUCGUUUCAGGACUGUUCCGUAAAUAUAUGAUAAACUUUCUUUUUUUUUCUUCUUUUUUUUCAGUUUUGUUUUUCAGAAACACAUUUCUGAUGUAAUUGCAGUGUCUCCUUUUCAAACAGAAAACUCAGUUGUCCAGAUGCAGAGAGGUGCUUUAGAUAAUCCAUUGAUUCUUAGUUUUAUUUGAAUUUUUGUAAAUAUAUAUUUUUUGCUUUCUUUAUUUAAGAAAUUAUUGCUUCUUUUGCAUCUGAAACUGGAAAGAUGACAUAAUAGAACAUUGAAAAUAAAGGACUUAAGUUGCUGAGCAGA